UGAGUAUAUAUAAUGAAUGAAGAGUAAUAAGUUUUACAUAGAUAUAUAUAGUAUAAUUAGUAACAUAAGAAGAGGGAGAGAGAGAGAAGAAAAAUGGGAAGAGGAAGAGUAGUGUUGGAGAGAAUAGAGAAUAAGAUCAAUAGGCAAGUAACAUUCUCAAAGAGAAGAAGUGGAUUGUUGAAGAAAGCCUUUGAGCUUUGUGUUCUAUGUGAUGCUGAAGUUGCACUUAUCAUUUUUUCAAGCCGUGGCAAGCUUUUCCAAUACAGUAGCACUACUGAUAUCAACAAAAUCAUUGAAAGGUAUCGGCAAUGUCGUUACAGCAAGCCACAAGCUGGAAAUUCAUUAGGACAUAAUGAAUCACAGAAUUUAUACCAGGACUAUUUAAAAUUAAAGGCAAAAUAUGAGUCUCUUGACCGUAAGCAGAGGCAUUUUCAUGGGGAAGAACUUGAGCAACUUAGCAUGAAAGAAUUGCAAAGACUUGAGGAACAACUAGACUUAACCCUCACACAAGCUCGUCAGCAACAAAUGAAGAAGCUCAUGGCACGAGCUGAGGAAUUACGUGAAAAAGUGCAUCACUUGGAGGAGGUUAACAAAACAUUGGAUCCCAAGGCAACAAAUGAUGAAACCUCAAACCUCGUUGUUGACCAAACAAGUCGUAUUCAAUUGCACGAUAUAAAUUAAGUUGGUUUCUAAACCAUGAAAACUACUUCAAAGGGAAAGCAACUAAGACAUAAGUUGAGGGCGAUCCCAGCAAUGACAUAAACAAAAUAUUAAUGGAUGGUUGAAGUGUACAUCCAUUUAUGAAUUUCAAAUAGAUAAAUGUUUGGUGUAUGUUCUAUGUGUAUACAUCUUGAUAGAAAGAAAAAUAUUAAUAUGAUAUGAUAGAUAUAAUAACUAGAUGAUGUGAUAGGAUGAGAUAUUUAGAGAUAAAUGAGGUGUUGAAUGGAUGUUGAAAAA